GAUAAUUUUAAAACCCCUUUUUCCUUAUAUCUAUUUUCUUUUUUUAUUGAGUGUGAUAUAUAAUUUCGGUGAUGCUGCUGAAGACUUACAAAGCCAAUCAAAAGAUGAGUUGGAGAAUUGUCUAUAUAAGAACUAAUACUCUUCAUCCGAUAAUCAAACUAUUACAAAAUUAUUCGCUUACUCGACACUGAGCAUUACUGAACGACUAAUAUGAAAUCAUUAACACUAAUAUUCCUAUUCGAUUUAGCUGCUGUUAUGUUAGUGAACGGUGCUCCAGCUAAUGAUAAAAAUGAUGGCACUAAUUCCAAACUAAAGAAGAUUACUUCCUCAACUACAAUUUUUCCAUCGUCUACAAUUUUCCCAUCGUCUACAAUUUUNCCAUCGUCUACAAUUUUUCCAUCGUCUACAAUUUUUCCAUCGUCUACAAUUUUUCCGUCAACUACGAUGUCUACGUUUAACAAAUGUAACAUAGUCUGCACAACUGACUACAAACCAAUUUGUGGAUCUGAUGGCGAUAAAAUAAACUUAAGCUUUGGAAACAAAUGUGUACUGGAUAAAUAUAACUGUGAACACGAAAUAAAAUUAAUAGUUAAAUUAAAUGACGAAUGUCCAAACAGCAAAGGAAUCCGCUUGGCUUAAAUGACAAAACAAAUCAAAAUAAAUACGUCCAUUAAAAAUUUGCUGUAAUAACUUUAAUAUGCAAAACGGUUGACGCAGAUUCAUUCAAUGGAGCUCUUGCUUGAAUAAGAAUUUCUUUUUAUUAUCUAUUUAAUUUUAAUUUUAAAUAUAAUGUACACGACACUUAACAUCACACAUGGAUAAUACUUUUAUAACCAUUAUCUUAAAGUAUUUUUUUAUCUCAA